AUGUACGAAGACAACUUGAAAUCCCUUUACGACCGUGCCGGGAAGACUUUCUCCGGCGGUCCUUCUGCGGCACAGGAUGUGCCGCAUCGUACUGCUCGACCAGACCCAGUACGUCGAUCAUCAGUUGGGAGCGGGGCUCCCAAGUAUCCCAGGACGGGGGAUAGCCGCGCCACCGGACGAGAAAACUCGUCCGACGUCCGUUCACGUCGCGGUGGUUCAACAGCUGCUCAACUAGAUAGCGCUGGCCACCGCGAGAGUCCUCUAAUGGAGGUGGAGGAGGAGGGAAGACGCUCUCCACACGAUCAUGUGGAUCGGUGUGUUCCCGAGAGCUUCUUUGAUCGCGUAACGCAAGGGUUACGCGACGAUCUCGAACAUUAG